AUGGCCAGACUGGGCCGAGGAGGGUUCCUCGCCCUCGCUAUUGUCUUUCACCUGGUCUACCUUUUUUCCAUCUUCGACAUUUAUUUUGUCAGCCCCAUUGUCCAUGGCAUGAAACCUUACCAAGUUCAGGAAGAACGAGCCCCAUCGAAACGACUUGUUCUCUUCGUCGGUGAUGGCUUACGCGCCGACAAAGCCUUUCAAUCCUUUCCAGACCCGUCUCCCCCCGAUCCUGCCAAUGCUGAUUUGACUCCCCGGCCUCUGGCCCCCUUCCUGCGAUCGCGAGUGCUGAAACAUGGCACUUUUGGAGUUUCUCACACGCGAGUGCCCACAGAGUCAAGACCAGGGCAUGUCGCUUUAAUAGCUGGACUCUAUGAAGAUGUUUCAGCUGUCACGACCGGGUGGAAGUUGAAUCCAGUGGAUUUUGACAGUGUCUUCAACCGGAGUCGGCAUACUUGGAGCUGGGGCAGUCCAGAUAUCCUUCCAAUGUUCAAGGAAGGGGCAGUACCCGGCCGAGUCGAUGCAGAUCAGUACGCCGAAGAAUUUGAAGAUUUUACACAAGACGCAACCAUGCUGGACAUCUGGGUAUUUGAUAAAGUCAAAGAUCUUUUUCGGUCUGCCAGCACCAAUUCGACCCUGGAUGCAAUGUUGCGACAAGACAAAGUUGUAUUGUUUUUACAUUUACUUGGGUUAGACACAACGGGUCAUUCAUAUCGUCCUUAUUCCAAAGAAUAUCUUCACAAUAUCAAAGUCGUGGACCAGGGCGUUGAGGAGAUUACCAGUCUGAUCGACAACUUUUAUGCCGAUGGUGAGACUUCCUAUGUCUUCACGGCUGAUCACGGUAUGAGUGACUGGGGAAGUCAUGGAGACGGCCAUCCCGACAAUACAAGAACACCGUUGAUUGCUUGGGGAGCUGGAGUUGCUCGACCGCAGCUGUAUCCUGACGGAAAUGCUCCUGGCCAUGAAGAUGGCUUUUCCUCUGACUGGGGCUUGAACCAUGUGCCACGAUAUGAUGUCGACCAAGCCGAUGUCGCCGCUCUUAUGGCGUAUCUAGCCGGUCUAGAGUUUCCAGUCAACUCAGUUGGCAAGCUGCCCUUGCCCUAUCUUGCCGCCACCACACAGAAGAAGGCCAAUGCCGCUCUGGUGAAUGCCAAGCAGGUUUUGGAAAUGUACAAUGUCAAGGAGGAGCAAAAAAAGGCGUCAUCAUUGAACUUUCGACCCUAUCCUCCUCUCUCGAAAGUCAAUGCGUCCGUGACGGAUCGAAUUUCUACCAUCGAAUCUGCGAUCAGCCAUGGCCAACACGAACAUGCCAUUGAGUUGUCCUCGGAUCUGUUCAACGAUGCUCUCCAAGGAUUGCGGUAUCUACAAACUUACGAUUGGCUCUUCCUUCGAGCUUUGAUUACGAUAGGAUAUUUGGGUUGGAUCACAUACGCGGUCACGACUGUCAUUGACCUCCAUGUCCUUCACGGGGCAGUUCCGGACGAGAGAACGACCGGUACGACCAUGGCCUUUUCUUCCAUACUGGUCCUGCUCUACUCGUUUUUCAUCAUUGAGCGGUCUCCUGUUUCGUAUUAUGGGUACGCUUUCUUUCCCGUCUUUUUCUGGGAAGAGACGUUUGCCAGAAGGAAAGCAUUGACUUCAGGAUUCAAAGUGCUCUUUGGUCAUGUUCAAGGAUUCUCCGGGGUUUCAUUUCUUGCCGUUCAAGCUCUACUUUAUGUGAUCGUCAUCGAGGCUUUCGUGCAAUCAUAUUUUCACCGUACCAUACUCAGCGCGUGUUAUAUUCUCGGGGCCAUUUUCCCGACCAUCUAUGGAGCGGAAUUCCUCCAAAAAAACAAAUGGCUUGUGCUCGCAUGGGCAGCUGGCUGCCUAAUUCUGAGCACAUUUACACUUCUACCAGUCAUCAAGAUUGAGAACGCCAACACCGUCACAGCAGGUGGACUUCUGAUGGUGGGUGCUGGCCUGAUCUAUCUCUAUUUUGAACACGACAUUUCUUCACAGUCGAGGUCAAAGACGAUCGAUUCUCAACCUAAUACCCCUUCCCGAAUCCUCAUGGGUCUCCAAAUCGGCAUCAUUCUACUUACCGUGAUCGUCACGCGUUCCAGCAUCGCAUCACUUCAAGCGAAGAAAGGUCUACCACUCGGAAAUCAAGUGGUCGGUUGGUUUGUUUUUGUGGCGUCCGUUAUCCUACCCUUCGUUCACCGAAUCUCACCAAACACGCACUACUUGCAUCGUUUGGUCAUCAUCUUCCUCACAUUUUCGCCUUCAUUCGUUCUUUUGACAAUCUCUUACGAAGGUCUGUUUUACUUCGCGUUCUGUUUCACCCUGCUAGCCUGGGUCCGUUUGGAACAUGCCAUCCAACUUCACAACACAACCCAAUCACCGCCGACUGCUUCGACAUCAGCAGCAGCAUCCGCCAAUGGCGUAACCAUAACGUCCACAUCAUCGCGUCCCACGAAUUUACAUCCAGAAAAGACCUUUCGCACCCUGGCACUUCCCGAUCUACGCCGGGCCCUGUUCUUCCUCUUCUUUCUCCAGUCAGGGUUCUUCUCUACAGGCAACAUUGCAUCGAUCUCGAGCUUCAGUCUCGAUGCUGUCUAUCGCCUGAUACCAAUCUUCGAUCCUUUCUCUCAGGCAGCACUCCUCCUCUUCAAGAUCAUGGUUCCAUUUGCAAUCAUUUCUGCGGCUUUGGGGAUUCUCAACCGUCGACUUGGUCUUCAGUCCUCGGCAUUGUUCAUGACCGUCAUGUCGGUCAGCGACGUGAUGACAUUGAAUUUCUUCUGGAUGGUAAAAGACGAAGGAAGUUGGUUAGAUAUCGGUACCACGAUCAGCCACUUUGUGAUAGGCAGUCUUUUGUGCGUGUUUGUAGCUGGGUUGGAAGGUGUCAGUCAGGCGUUGAUUAGCGGCGUGGAAGUCGACGCAUUUGAAGACAGAGUCAAAGAGGUCGGAGGCGUAGAGACAGUCACGGGCCAAAAGGUGGAAGCAAAUGGUGUCGUCAACGGCGCCGUCAACGGGGCUGUGAAAGCGUCGAUUCUCGAUGAGAGACCGGUUAUUGAAUAA